CCAAACUCGCUUGAUUAUUUUGCUGAUAAUAUAAAUAAAUUACCAAGGCUAUUAAGAAUAGACCUCGGUAAAAGGCUUCUUGCUUUCAGUAAUAGUCUAAGGGUUUAUAAACAGUCUCUUUGGCUUUUUCUAAGUGGGGUUUGGUUUUGCUAA